GGGCGGGAUAUACAGGAAGUUUCCUGAUGUAGCGACAUACCCAUUCCUUGAACUGACUUGUUUGUUGACGAGCAAGAUGGAGUUCCUAAUGGGAAAUCCGUACACUACCCCAGUGGGGCAUUGCAUUGAAAGAGCAACCGAUGGUUCGCUACAAGCUGAAGAUUGGACUCUGAACAUGGAAAUAUGUGACAUCAUCAACGAAACAGAAGACGGGCCAAAAGAUGCAAUUAGGGCAGUGAAAAAGAGGCUGAAUGGCAAUAGGAACUACAGAGAAGUAAUGCUGACAUUAACCGUGCUGGAGACUUGUGUAAAGAAUUGUGGCCACCGAUUUCACUCUCUGGUCACCAGCAAGGACUUCGUUGAUGGUGUUCUUGUUAAAAUCAUCUCUCCUAAAAAUAGCCCUCCCACCAUCGUCCAAGACAAAGUACUGGCCCUUAUUCAGGCAUGGGCCGAUGCAUUCAGGAGCAGUCCAGAUCUCACAGGUGUCGUCCAAGUCUAUGAGGAGUUAAAGCGAAAAGGCAUCGAGUUCCCCGUGUCAGACCUGGAGACACUGUCACCCAUACACACACCUCUGCGGACUGCAUCCGCGCCGGAGGGAGACUCCGCUCUACAUAAGUACACCACCACUUCCCAGCCUGCACCGCACGUGGUUCCACCAGCCCACCCCACUGCUCAGGUUCCAAAUAUUCACUCGUCUGGAGCCAUCAACCCAACACCCGAACAGAUUUGCAGACUGCGAAGUGAGCUGGAUGUUGUUCGAGGCAACGCAAAGGUCAUGUCAGAGAUGCUGACUGAGAUGGUCCCCGGACAGGAGGACGCUUCAGACUACGAGUUACUUCAGGAGCUGAACAGGACUUGCAGAGCCAUGCAGCAGAGGAUAGUGGAGCUCAUUUCCUGUGUCUCCAACGAGGCGGUGACUGAGGAGCUGCUGCACGUUAACGACGAUCUCAAUAAUAUCUUCUUGCGGUAUGAAAGAUACGAGAGAUUCAGAUCUGGAAGGUCGACAGCUCAGAGUGUCAACAAUGGGGUCCUAAGUGAAGCCACAGAGGACAACCUUAUAGAUCUGGGCCCCGCCUCCCCAGCGGUGGUCAGCAAUAUGUCUAACGCUAGCAGCUUGCCUGCAAAUGUCACCGCCACCGCAGGAAGACCGUCCUCCCCGUCCACUUUGGCAUCUCGCUUGGCUGGACUCAAUGCGGGCACAGACAGCGUCAGUAGCACCCUAAGCUCUUUGUCCAGCUGCAAACCUCCACCCUCUGAGGACGAGUUUGACGUCUUUGCUCAGACCAGGACUGGGACGCUCCCUGAACCUCCCAAGAUACCUCCAGCAGAGGACAGCCGUGCUCCAGGAUCUCUUCCCCCUACUCUGAAUGUCCAACAGCAAAACACAGCAGCGUGUGUCGGAGGCCAGUCCUCUGUCAUGGAUGACAUAGAGGAGUGGCUAAGUACUGAUGUGAAAGGAGAUGACGGGGAGGAGGGAGUGACGAGCGAAGAGUUUGACAAGUUCCUGGAGGAGCGAGCCAAAGCUGCAGAGGUGGUCCCCACCCUGCCAUCUCCACCCAGCGGCGACCCGGGCGCGUCGCAGGGAACCCCCAGCCGUAAGAAGCAAGAGAGACCGGAGGACGCUGUGUUCGCCAUGUAGAAGGAAAAGCAAAUCUAUCACACUAUUUAAAGUUUUAUCUUCAUUGAAAGGGAAUUUAAAAAGGGAGAACCUAACAAAAGCGUUUUAUUUUCAUAAUGUUAAAAAGGUGACAGACCAGCAUUAUAGUCCCUUCCCUGUGUGUUUGUGACGGGUGUUUGUUGACAUUUCUAAAUGAGGUGCUCUUUUGCGUCUCCUAGCAUGCAAAACGCGUACAGUAAGUCAUUUUGUUUUAGUUUUUCACGCUAAACUCUCCAUUUUGCGAAGCAUUCCUGCAGGAAUAUUGUGUUUCCCUCUGCAAGUCCGCAUGAGUUGUAAAUCUGUACAUGACAAAUGUCCUUUUCUGUGUAUAUUUUAAGCUGCAUAUGUAUGAAAGAGAUUAUUAAUAUUGGGUAGGUUUGUGGCGGUGGGCGAUGGGCUCGUGUCCUGGCUGCUGUAUCUUUUAGGGAAGUGUCCAACCCUGCUGUGUUGUUUUUUUUUUUUUUUCGCAAUGAGAAGGCAGUUUACUUUAGCGUACAUGCAGCACAGUGGUGUGUGAUACUUGGGGUCCAAUCUGCCUUUCUGUCUUGUAGUUUGCUAUGUUGGUCACAAUGUGCUGAGACUUAUUAGGCCUAAAGUUGCUGUUUAUGUCUGUGUGAUUCUAGUAAGCAUUUUUGGCCAACUGUAUCCCAUUUUUCUGACCCCAAAAUAGUCCCGAGGACCAAAUGUGUUCCAUCAUCUGGAUGAAUCCCAUGAUUACAUCACAAUCUCUGCACUUCCUGUACACACUGACCUUUUCAGCACCUCUUCUUGUUCCCCAGAAAUGAGCUCGGACGCUGCAAAUUUUAUUCUGGACUUAAGGUGCUCCACACGCCUGGAGCAAGCGUGCACUUGAACUUGUACUGUAAAACAGCAAAGGGACAAGCACUUGUGGAUGUCAUUCAUUCAAGACUUCUCCAGAUGAGUGUUUUAAAUGCUUUUAUUGUUCUGCAAGGAAUAUAAUGAGGAAUAAUUCAUGAAGGGAUGUGUUAUUUUUGAGGUGUUUUCUACAACGCUGAUGCAUUGCGUUGCGGUUGUUCUUGUGUGUUGAAUGUAAACAUUUAAGUUUAUAAGGGUAGAGUCACAUGAAGGAUUCAUAUUUUCAAGCUGACAACGCUUCUCCUCUCUGUUCACUGUAGACAACAUUGCUCAGUCCGUUUGUGCCAGUGUAAUCUUUUUGUGAGCGAUUGGUAACCAGAUCCCAGAACAGGGUACAGACAGGAACACUGCGUUUCUUUGUGCAUCACUGGAUACCAAGAAGAGAGGCGAUGCUGAGUGUGUGCUUCGUUUCUCUUUGUGUUGCUUGACUCCUGCAUGAACUCUUAAUAAAUGAAAUGUUAGCAGCGGG